AUGGACUUUGUGUGGGAGGCAACGGCUGCAUGCUCAUUGGCGGUCAUCCUGGCAUCAGCGCUAUUUACGUGGCACCGUCGCUACACUGUGAAAGCGAACAGUGCACAAGGGCCACGCCUUCCGCCAGGUCCAGGAGGUUUGCCACUGAUUGGGGACGUCACUACCCUCUUGGGCAACUUGACUCCACAGAAAGCACUCUCCUGGUCGCAGGCGCACGGACCUGUGAUAAGAAUUAAGGCAGGCUUUGCAGAAUACAUAAUACUGAACGACUUGGACUCCAUAAGAAGUUUCCUAAACCAUAAGGACAUACUGUAUCGGUCCCGAAGCUUUAUCUUUAGUGACUCCGUGGACAUAGGUUUUGCAAGGUACGGAGGUAAGCUUUGGGAUGACAAUCGCCGUUUCUCAGUGAAGGCACUCCGCAAUCUCGGAUUUGGGAAAGCUACGAUGAAAGAAGCUAUCGCAGAAGGAUGCGACCGCCUUGUCAACCGGAUUGCCAAGGCAGAAGGGAACCCUGUUGACCUCUCCGAGCUGAUCCUGGCAAGCGCCUCGGAUAAUGUAGGCCUGUUUAUCUUUGGUCGGCGCUACAAGUUCGGCAACCACGAGCACAGGAACCUGAGGACAGCGCUGCGGGGCGAGUUUAUGGCAAGCCGAGACCCGAGCGCUUUGGAUUCGCUGCCUGCUUUCGUCACAACGCUGGCGAGGCUGGUGCCAUUCACACGAGCGGCCAACUUGGUCGUGGCUGUGAAGUCUAUUCAGAAAUUUGUCAGGUGGGGCUGGUUCUGUUUCUCCAAUAAUCGCCACCUUCCGGAUCAUUUGGACACAUACAGGGACGGAGACGAUCGCGAUUUUAUGGACGCUUACCUCAAAAAGUGCGGUGAAGCCGACAAGUGCAAGUCUACUUAUCCCAUGUCCUCCCUAAUUGGAAACGCUGGAAGCUUGGUGUUGGCAGGAGCCAACACAGUGUCCGCGGUGCUCAUGAGGCUGCUGCUUUUGCUCGCCACCCACGCCGAGACGGUGCAGGAUCGCAUCCAUCGUGAGAUUGACCAGUUAAUGGGCAGCGAACGUCAGCCGACAUGGGAGGACAGGCGCUCGACGCCCUACACGGUUGCCACAAUCUUGGAGGCACACAGAUGGCACCCGCUUCUUCCUUUUGGAGUGGCCAGGCGUGCAUACCAGGACGUCGUCAUAGGCGAAUACUUCGUGCCCAAAGACACAACCACCAUAGCAAACAUCUGGGCAGUGCACAAUGAUCCCACGUUCUGGAUUGAGCCCGAAAAGUUUGAUCCGGCUCGCUUUCUCAACAACGAUGGCUCGCUGGCAUGGGAGAAGGCAGAAAGAGUGAUCCCUUUCUCUGUUGGAAAAAGAAUGUGCCCUGCCGAGAUUUUUGCUUCAGUUGAAAUCUACGUUUACCUGACGCGGCUGAUGCAGAAGUUCUUCAUACUUCCGGAAGAAGGUGCCGUGUUUGACGUGAACAUUCCUGACACCCUUAUGAUGCAGCCAGGACGCCUCAGGUUCCGCUGCAUACCACGAGCACCUUCCUUGCCUUGAUUCCAUCACCGAUUUGAGACUGAGAACUGAGCACCGAAGGCUCCCAUUCACGAGAAUGGUGACCUACUACGCGGAAUUCUUGUUCAUCGUAUUCGCGUUUAACUUAUCUUCUAUUCAGGUGACUUUUCCAUCUACUAACUCUGGCCUGCAUUUACAAAAAGGUUGUUAGGACUGAACUGUUCGUAAGGAGGGUGGCAGCCAAAUGUGAUGUCAGACAUAGUAAUGCUAAUAGUAUUCUGUGGGAACUUCGCCAGGUUUGCACUUUGCACCUAACCUCGGUGACAUACUGAGUGACCCAAGUUCUCUACUAGCUUGGGUCUCUAGGUAUGGUCUAGCCGCUGUCUUGCCGAGGAGACAUGAAUCACUGAAUGUGCCCGAAUAGACAAACUCCCUCUGGCCACUGUCUGGCUACGACAGCAUGGGUCAGUGGGCACGUGCCCGCACACGCAACUUCGGCACUGAGUAUGAGACAUCAACAUGUCACCAUGCUUGACCAAUUUCCAGAAUCAAUGUGCCAAGGUGACAAAGGGGUAUGUAGCCUCAAAUCCAUUCAAGCGACAGCGUCCCAUCUACAACAUACACCUCCUAGCAGAGCGCGGCCGCUUGAUGCAUUUCCAUUGCAACACAUUUGGAGCCGAGAUGCCAGGAAUUUGUGGAUAGUGAAAGUUGCUACGGAGAUUGUGCUGGUGUGCAUUGAUUACAGCAGAGUAUACUGUCUCGUGGUAUCUUUCGACAUUGUGGUUAGCACCAAGACUGCCAGUUUUAUAGACUGCUGAUGGGCCCGUAAGAUUGCGCGACUUACGGAUGGCAUGGGGAUAUGACUUCAGGGUGCGAUUGUUAUCAAAAUAUUGAUCGUGACAUAUAGAACACAUCAUCAGCGAUUACCCACCUAUCAUGAGAAAUAUUGCUAAUUGUAAUAACGUCGCCAGUAACUUCCGAGGAAUCUUUCUUUUCUUCAUUAGCUAAGGCAGCCCUCCAAUGCUCAUGAGCGUCCAAGGGCAAAACCUCGGCCCAAGCUGUGUUAAAUAAAGCGCUACAAACGCGAAAUCUAUAAGGAAUGGUAAAGAUUCUCAACUCAUGGCAACUCACGUGCUAAGGAACAGAAGCAAGCGAUUAUGCAGCUCUUAACAAUGAU